AGUCAUCAAGUAAAAAUCUUUUGUCUGUUAUUAUCAUUGAGAAAUGGACCGGAGACCAACUGUCCUCUCACUGUCCGUCCCCUCACUGUCUGUCCUCUCACUCUCCGUCCCCUCACUCUCUGUCCUCUCACUGUCUGUCCCUUCAUGCUGUUUGCAGAGAGUUUACCGAGCGCUGUACGACUACGCCGCUCAGGACCACGACGAGGUCUCGUUCAGGGACGGAGACGUCAUCAUCAACGCUCAGCCCAUCGACGAGGGCUGGAUGUACGGCACCGUGCAGCGGACCGGCAAGUCUGGCAUGCUGCCGGCAAACUACGUGGAGUGUUGCAACUAGAGGAGGUGAAAAUGUGCAGAGUGAAAUCGGUGAAAUCCACCUUAAGCGUUACAGCGUCAGCAGUCGGCGACGUUCUCUGCGUUUCGGCGAGCGUUAACGCAAAGCGACGUCACAUCGGGACGUUUUCAGAUGUUUUCGUGGAGUCUGAGAAGCAGAAAAUCAUCAGAAACUCAAACAGUAAAAAUGAAAGACCUUUAAAAACCAUCAUGCAACAAUCAUGCACAAAAAAUACAUCAGACAACAAAUCCGAGAAACGUUUAGGAAAGAGACCAGAAUUCACCCCCCCAAAAAACAUUAACCCUUCACGCCUGCUGUAAUAUUACACACAGUCAUCCUGCUCUGUGCACAAAACGAGCUCUCCAAAAUCAGGCUCUAAAAAAUAUCACAGAC